GGGAAAAAAGCUCUGACUAGUCUAGAAGACUUAAAAGUGUAUUUCUUGCAGUUUAGUUAACUGCACUUGAUCUUGUAAUGACUAAUGACAAUUUUUAAGUGAUGGUUGUAAUAAAAUUCAGUUUUUUGAUUAGUUUUUCAAAUGUUUUUACCAUUUUGAGUCAGCGCAUCAUCAUCCUCUGGUAUUAACAACCGAACAAAUUCCGAGCCACUUAAUCGACCAGUUGUUUGAAGACAUCGUAACAAAUCAAUUCGUUCAAAAUGAAGCAAUCCGUUUAUUAUUUCGAUAUUGUCGAUUAUAUUAUUUUUGGGGCCAUGUUAUUUUUGUCGGCCCUAACUGGUAUUUAUUUUGGCUGUAGAGGAAAAAUCAACAAAAAGCGGGAACCGGAAUCUUUUAAAGAUUAUCUAACAGGAAACAAAAAUCUUAAACCUUUUCCGGUUGCCAUGUCGCUAAUUGCAAGUUACAUAUCAGGGGUGACAAUGCUUGGAACCCCCGCCGAAGUGUACAAUUUUGGAGCUCAGUAUUGGUUAAUUGUUUUUGCAAUGUCCCUCAGUGGUCUCACAGUGGCUACCGUUUAUCUACCAGUAUUCACCAAGCUGCAAGUUUGUUCCUCAUACGAGUAUUUGGAGCUAAGAUUCAGCAAGAUCCUGCGAACAAUAGCGUCCCUUUUAUUCCUCUUAGACGAAAUCAUGUUUUUACCAAUGUUGAUCUACGUUCCGUCCCUUGCAUUUAAUCAAGUCUCUGGGGCAAAUCUACAUUUGAUCGGUGCUAUUGUCUGCACGGUUUGCGUUUUUUACACAAUUUUGGGUGGUUUGAGGGCUGUGGUUUACACCGACACUUGGCAAACUGUAGUUAUGUUUAUUUCCGACAUGGUAGUGGUAAUUUUGGGAGUCGUUGCCAUCGGAGGAAUGAGUGUUAUUAUCGAACGAUCCUCUGCUGGUAACAGGAUCCAGUCACUGAAUUUUAAUCCCAGUAUGUACGAAAGAUAUACAGUAUUUAGCGUUCUAAUUGGAGGAUUCACUUACUGGACUUCUUUCAAUGCGGUCAAUCAGACAAUGGUGCAGAGAUACUUAUCAUUACCAAAUAACAAAGAGGCUAGAAUAGCCAUAGCUAUUUUUACAGUAGGAGUUGUAUUUUUUAUAUCAAUGUGUUGUUUCGCUGGUCUUCUUCUAUUUGGCACAUAUCAUGACUGUGAUCCUCUAGCAGCAAACAGAAUAUCAAACAGUGACCAGCUUCUUCCUCUGUUUGUUGUUGAAACUGCGGGACAUUUAAGAGGCGUUCCUGGGCUUUUUAUUGCUGGUGUUUUUGGAGCUGCAUUAAGUUCUUUAUCGGUUGUUCUAAACUCAUCAGCUGUUGUUUUGUUGGAAGACUUUUUCCGCGGAGUUUGUCAUUUUAGUAUAACGGAGAGACAGGGCAAACUAUUUACGAAAAGUAUAAUAUUAAUUCUAGGAAUUGCUUCUGUAUGUCUUGUUUUUGUUGUUGAAAAAAUGGGUAGCGUCUUUGCAGUUGCCACUUCGCUAUCUGCAAUUGUUGCAGGAACAAUGUUUGGUGUUUUUACGCUUGGAAUGCUAGUACCUUGGGCUAACGUCAAGGGCGCAGUGGUGGGCUCAGUUAGCGGAUUUUUAAUGUCUUGUAUCGUUUCUUACGGUCAAAUGUAUGUCGCUUCUGCUAAAAUGGUGGUCCCUCGGCCACUUCCUGUGUCUAUAGAAGGCUGCGCUGCAACUUAUGGUCUCAAUGUUACCGAGCCGCCUGAAAUAGAAUAUCCGGAUGAAAGCAAGGUUUUUCCUCUGUUCCGGUUGUCUUUCCUGUGGAUAACACCGAUUGGUGUUUUCACGGUGAUCGCUGUGGGUAUUAUAACGAGUUUUCUGACGGGAAAAACUGAUCUGAAGACUUUGGAUCCGGAGCUGAUAUCGCCUGUAAUGCACUGGGUCCUGCCCGAGGAGGCGCAGAAUUACGCAGGAUCUGCUGUGAGGAAGAUUAAACACCAGCGACUGUUUGGCAAUGAGGCAAUUGCAUCGCCUUCAGUAACAAUGAAUUUAAAUGAGAGACGAGAUACGGAAAGUCCCGACAACAGAUGAAAAUUGAAAACAUGUUAUAACUUAUCUCACUUUUGUAUAAAUGUUGUACUCAUUAAUAUUGAUGUUUUAUUAAUAAAAUUUAAACGUAAA